GCGGUGGCAGGCAGACGCAGCGGCUGUAGAGCACUUCUCGUCCGCUGCGAGAUCCAUAUGCUUCACCAAAGCCAGGCUUAACAAAGCAAUGGGAACUUGUUCAAACGUGCUGCUACGAGUCUGAAUCAACACACCAGCAAAUACACGCUCCUCUCCGGACUCAUACGGGCAUUAGCCUCUUCUACAGCGGGAAAACUACUCUGAGACGGGAGCGAUGGACCCGACAGACGCCCCGGAUUCGUGGGAGCUGGAGGAGGAUGCCGAGGCCCCGACUGCAGCGGCGGAGCUCCCGGCCGCCUUCGCCUCCCUGAACGUCAACGCUAAACCCUUUGUCCCCAACGUGAACGCUCCGGUGUUCGUGCCCAGCUUCCUCCAGACCAGCACCGUGGACAUGCCGGCUUCAGAGGGUACCGCAGAGCCAGUGGCCAGCAUGGAGGUGGCAGACACAGCCGCCCCAGUGGAGAAUGGAGGCACCGAGGCGGACAUGACAACAGAGGAGGAGACGUGGGAGCAGAAGGAGGAGCCCGGCGGAGGGGGCGGAGGCGGGGGGCAGGGGGAUGCCGCUGGGAAGGAGGAUGAGGAGAUGAUGGAGGAGGAAGAGGAGGAGAUGCCUGUGCCCAAAGUGGCCCCGCCGCCUCCAGACGCCCCCAAGAAGGAGCACGUCAAUGUGGUCUUCAUCGGACACGUCGAUGCUGGUAAAUCAACCAUUGGAGGUCAGAUCAUGUACUUGACCGGAAUGGUGGACAAACGAACAUUGGAGAAAUAUGAGAGAGAAGCUAAAGAGAAGAACAGAGAGACCUGGUAUUUGUCGUGGGCCCUGGACACAAACCAGGAGGAGAGGGACAAGGGGAAGACAGUGGAGGUGGGGCGUGCAUACUUCGAGACAGAGAAAAAGCACUUCACCAUCCUGGACGCACCCGGACACAAGAGCUUCGUACCAAACAUGAUUGGAGGGGCAUCACAGGCCGAUCUGGCAGUGCUGGUGAUCUCAGCCAGAAAGGGCGAGUUUGAGACGGGCUUUGAGAAGGGGGGGCAGACAAGGGAACACGCCAUGCUGGCUAAAACUGCCGGAGUCAAACAUCUCAUUGUCCUCAUCAACAAGAUGGAUGACCCCACUGUCAACUGGAGCCUGGAGAGAUACGAGGAAUGUAAGGAAAAGCUGGUGCCAUUUUUGAAAAAAGUGGGCUUCAACCCCAAGAAGGACAUCCACUUUAUGCCUUGCUCUGGACUCACUGGUGCCAACCUCAAAGACCCGGUGCCGGAAUGCUCCUGGUACACGGGAUUGCCAUUUAUACCCCACCUGGACAGCUUGCCAAAUUUCACCAGAUCCAGCGAUGGGCCUGUCAGACUGCCAAUAGUAGAUAAGUAUAAGGACAUGGGCACAGUGGUCCUUGGGAAACUGGAGUCAGGGUCCAUCAGCAAAGCCCAGCAGCUGGUCAUGAUGCCAAACAGGCACACAGUGGAGGUGCUGAGCCUGCUGAGCGAUGACGUGGAGACGGACGACGCCGCCCCGGGAGAGAACUUGAAGCUGCGUCUGAAGGGCAUCGAGGAAGAGGAGAUCCUGCCGGGCUUCAUCCUCUGUAGCCCCGACAACCUCUGCCACUCAGGGCGCACCUUCGACGCACAGGUCAGCACAGCGCCAUCUGCUGUGUAAUCUGGGACAAGACAGCAGGGUUUAGAGGCAAUGUUUUAGGAAAAUAUUUGACUUUCUGAGAAUAGGAAUUUUACACAUUUAAAACCAGGUCUGUCUGUAGAAGGACUGUACCAACACCAAUUUUAAGAGUAAUGUUAUUACUCAAGUAAAAGUCCAAGGGACCAAGAAAUUACUCAAGUAAGAGUAUCUGAUCUAAUUUAAAUUUUAGGUCAAUUUAAUUAGACAGACAAAACAAACCAU